CUACGAUACAUUUUUUGCCACACAACUAUUCACUUCAUAGCAAUUAUCAGCAUCUGCGCACUUAGUUUGCUGGCUAGCUAGUCGAGGUCGAGUCUCGGCCUCCGCGGAGCACCUUCAGACCACAACUUCCUGGAGCGACCGAGGAUUCGACUCGACUCCUGUGGUGGGCACUCAAAACAUCAACUCCAUUCCUGUUUGUUUCCCUCACCUUCCUUACGGUACGACUGUAUCCCAUCUCGGCUGGCUUAACUACAUGAACGUCCGGUAUUUGGAUGAUGACCGUUGAUGACGUGGGCAACGGGAUCCACGCGGAACCACCUCAUCACGCAACAGGUUCUUUGUUGUGUGACUCAGUCGAGUCCAAGUCCCAAAGUUGAAGAAGGAUGAGCAAAUCAUCCAAUAUCCGUGUUACUUUCGAUCCCAAGUCAUUCGUGAGCUGAGGGGAUGCAGCUGGGCGGAGAAUGUGAUGGGCUCUUACUCAGUUUGUUGAAGGCAAAGAAAGAAAUGGAGCUCUGCUGAGGUUGCUUGUCAUCACCUCGUUGCAACAGCAACCGAAACAGCUCCGUGUCUUUGAGGCAACUUUUUCCCUGAACAACAAGUCAAAAUCAAAACCACCUGAAUCAAACCCAGUCUGCAUCAGCGUCCUUUGCGGAGUUUACUUUGCAGUAGAUCAUACAAUUCUUGCUGGAGCGAAACGAGAAAUUAUCCAUCAAUAUACCCUUGACUUUUGCAAUCAGAUCUGACGACCAAAAAUGAAAUAUGGACUAGCUGUAUCCCUUCUUUUGGCAGCUCAAUCUACUGUUGCUUUUCAAGGAUCCUCGCUGUUUCAACCACCUCUACCCACUCCUGCAAGCCGACAUCACUCAAACAGUGGAAGAAGUAUUCGCCACUUGGUCUCGACUUAUCUCUCGGAAGGAACCCCUGCCAACAAUGCUACUGCCAACACUCUGUAUCUUGCCAAUCUAGUGACGGAUGCCGUGCAAACUGAUGAUGACGAAGAAGAAAUUGAACUGGCAGAACGACGUCGAAUGAUCUCGGAGAGAUCGGGCACCUACCGCGUGUCUUUGCCGUUGGCCCAGCCUUCGAGAGGAACCAAGGGUGUGGAGGAACAGCCCCUCUUGAUGGGCUUGUGCCUACGGCAAUUCACAACGGGAUCCAGCAUUCUAGAUCAGGUGCUGGAUCUCGAUUCCUUGGCCAUUCGGAAUGUUGCAGCGGAUGUACCGGACAUGGAGCUGACCCCUGAUAUUGCCAACAAACGCAUCGAGACAAUUGAUCCAACUCUGAUGAAAGGAAGGCUGGAGAAGGAUGCUUCGGGUGUCUAUGUGUCAUCCGUCAUCUUUCAGAGUCCUGCAUGGAAUGCCGGAGUUCGACCUGGUGAUGUUAUGACUGCGGCGGCUGCUACCUUUGGAGAUGCUCUCUGGCCUAAAACCACUCUGGAAGGUGUUCGGUCGGCAUUGACUUCGCGAAGAAUGGUAGCGGGAAAGGCAACGUUUGAAUUCCAAAGAACCGAUGUGACUAGCAAGAAUCUGGAUAAUGUCUACGAACUGACGUUGUCGAAACCCAUUGGGCUCAACCUGCGAGAAACACAAGAUGGAUACGUUGAGGUGGUAGGAUUCACAAUGAAUGCGCCCACCUUGGUUAGGCGGGCUGUGAGGUUGGGAGAUAGGGUUGUGGCAGUUGAUUCCAGUUUGGGGGACCAAAUGUGGCCCGUCUCUACUGUGGAAGGAGUCAUCUCUGCUUGUACGGGUCGUUUGCCUGGGCAAAAGGUGACACUACGCUUGGAGCGACCCGAAGCAAAUUUGGGUGACGACGCGGCACAAAUGAUGGUAAUGGAACCCAUGGCAUUGCCAGAAAUACAAACACAACAAAAACGACAGGCAGUGGAUGAAGAAACGCAGCUUCUCAAGAGAUGCCGUGAUGUGUUGCGUCGGUAUGCAAUUGAAGACAAUAUCCAACGCAGUGUCAGAGCAACCAAUCGUGCCGGGGCCAAGUUUGUGGACAAGUUUGCAGUGCCUGCCAUGGUAGCUGAUCGCGUCGUGGAAGCUUUAGCAAAGGCAUCGGCGACGCUGGAUAGUGUCACUCUUUCGAUGACAAUGGAUGCCUAUUUGUCAUGUGGAAAGCCCAACGAUGCCAUUCGCGCAUUUGAAGCAGCCGUAGGAUUGAACGGGGAUGGGUCAGUCUUAGUGCCUGCCGAGGUUGCUGCCGCAGAAGGUGCCGAAGGUCAAAUCCAACCAAAUGCCGCAUCGGCUCUGAACGUGUACACCAUCAGUUCCUUGUUGAAGGCGCAUGCCAUGAAGAAAGAUAUCAAGUCGGUACGCAGAGUUGUGGCUGCUAUGGAGGGACGAGGAGGAGAGAAAGUUAGUGGACUUGAAACGGCAACCUGGCCUGGAACUGGCGAAGCUGGUAUCAUCGUACCCGACACUCAGUGCUACAACAUUGCCAUCUCUGCUGCCGCCAAGACAGCCACGCACGAUGGACUUCAACUUGCAAUGAAGCUUUUUGACAGCUUGAGUGACUCGUCCGUGAUUUUUAAAACCCAGGGGUAUGGAAACCCAGAGAAGAAUGUUGCGACAUACAACUCUAUCAUCGGGGCUUUGGCGCUAGCUGGAAAGUAUGAUGAUGCAUUCAAUGUGUUCUUUACCAUGAAGAAAGUUGGGAUCAAACCCGACAAGUUCACGUACACUUCGUUGCUGAAGGCUUGUAUUAACGACGGCGACUUGCAGGAGCUUGUGUAUGACAUGCAAGAACAAGGCGUCAAAACGGAUGUUGUAAUGUACAAUGCAAUGAUCCGUUCCAUGUGCGACGAAGGCAAGCUGUCGGAAGCAAGAACGUUAAUCACGCGAAUGGAAGCACAGGGCGUAACACCCAACUCAAAAACGUAUGGAAUCUUAAUGAAGGGACUUUUGAGAGAUAGCAAGCCUGGUGCUUGCUUGGCGUUAUUUGAGACCGCAUGCAACAACAAGCAGACGUCAGAACUCACCGAGAAUGUAAUCUUGUACACUACCGCUGUUUCGGCAGCUUCGCGUCUGGGGGACCACGACAGGGCGUUGGACUUGGUGUCUCGAAUGAGCGCUGUGGGCGUGAAACCCAACAUGAAAACACUCACUGCCUUGAUUGGAGCUUGUUUGUCAGGGGAUCGACCAGAUCUUGCUGCUGAAGUCUACAAAAAAGUCGACAAACCCGACGGCUACGCAAUGCUUCAAGGUCUCAAGGCCUUCUGCUUAUCCGGCGAUCUCGACACCGCGACAAAAAUGUUGUACACCCAGCGACGAGGCAGUCGCACCUUAUCGGGAAAGCAGCUAAUGCAUGGAUACGAAUUGUUGGUGACGACGGCGGUCAAGUACGGCGACUAUGAGUCUGCUCGAGCUGCUGUGACUGAACUCAUGGCCAAGAGCUACAUUCCAUCAAAGGUCACGCUACGAAAGGUUGUUGGCGCGCUUGGCCUUGUUGAGAAAGGGCAGAUCGUAAUGGAUUAUGACGUGCAAAGGGACCCACAACAGUUUGAAUUUCUCCUUUUCCUGAUUGAUUCCAUGAGGCAGCGAAAUCUUGCCUUGGAUGCCUACGUGUACGCAGCUACCAUCACGUGUGGAAAUCAGUUGGGAGGACAAUAUAGGGAAGUUGCUGAGCUUCUCGUGAAAUCAAAAGCGAAGUACGAUGAGAUCGGCGGAAGAGUAGUUUCCCUGAAUGAUGAUGCGUCCGAAGGCCUUGCCGAAGUUCGAUGGGAAGAGGCACUGUCGAAGGAAGAAAUCUUAAAGGAGUUCCAGUUGAGCCCGGCAAUCCUUCCUGCCAUGGAUGUGUCUGUCAGCAGUCGUGAUUCAAGGACUGUGUUCUUCGCUGAGAAGUUCAUGGCUCGACCAAGGCAACCGAAAGAAGCCGAACAACCCAGGCCAGCUAUGAUACGAUAGACGCUACAGACAGAUCUUGUACACACUGCAUUCAUACCUAGACAGCUACCACUCAUAGUAAAUACAGUUGACAGAGUCAUUGUCAGUACUAGUAGCUACCAUCCCUGUGCAACGCUGGACCAGCCCACCAAGAAGACUUCAUGUACCACAUUUCCUUCGUGUCUCUACUAGUUUGACACACACGUGUGCUAGUAUGCAGAAUCAAAUCAUGUUCUUGGACCUUUGGCACCGGCUAGGUCGAGCAGAAUCAAUCCUAUCACGACAGGAGCAACUGAAUUUGAAGCUGAAG